AUGAUUUUGCAGAAAGCGGCCGAUUAUUAUAAAGGAGAAGAGAGUCGUAGUUCGGCAACGAAGUGCUUGAUUAAAGUUGCACAAUACGCCGCCCAGUUGGAGCAAUAUCGAAAGGCGAUACAAGUGUUUGAAGAGAUCGCCACUUGGGAGGCAGAUCAUCCGACAUUGAAAUAUGCUGCUAAGAACCAUUUUUUCCAGGCUCUUUUGUGUCAUCUUUGUGUUGAUGUGUUGGAUACGCAGCACGCGUUAAAGCGAUAUGCGGAGAUAUCGCCGUCAUUCGUGGAUACACGUGAAUAUAAACUUAUUUGGUGGGUUUUGUCAAAUGUCUUUGAGAGCGUUGCUUAUUGGUGUCGAAGAAUUUUUGUAUUUGAAGUAGUAGUAAAGGUAUGA